AUGACUGGCGGCGUGAUGGACCGGCUGUCCGCGGAGGCGGGCGCGGCUCCAGUCGUGGCGGCAGCUGAGGCGGAGGCUGACGAGGAGGCGGACCCACCGGCGGCAGGCUUGCCAACGCCCCAGAUCAGCGAGCGGAGGGACCCAUACCCCAAUCGAAUGCAGAUGCCUCAGGGGAACCCGCUGCUGUUGUCAUAUACCCUGCAGGAGCUGCUGGCCAGGGACACCGUGCAGGUGGAGCUCAUUCCUGAGAAGAAGGGCCUCUUCCUGAAGCAUGUGGAAUAUGAGGUUUCCAGCCAGCGCUUCCAAUCCUCCGUGUACAGACGGUACAACGACUUUGUGGUUUUCCAUGAGAUGCUGCUGCACAGGUUCCCAUACCGCAUGGUGCCAGCCCUUCCGCCCAAGAGAGUCCUGGGAGCUGACCGGGAGUUCAUUGAGUCCCGGCGAAGGGCGUUGAGGCGCUUCAUUAACCUGGUGGCCCGGCACCCCCCAUUCUCUGAGGAUGUGGCUCUCAGGCUGUUCCUGUCCUUCAGUGGCCCUGACGUGCAGAACAAGUUAAAGGAAUCCACUCAGUGUGUUGGAGAUGAAUUCAUGAACUGUAAGCUGGCUCCUCGGGCCAAGGACUUCCUCCCGGCUGACAUCCAGACUCAGUUUGCCGUCAGCCGGGAGCUCAUCCGGAACAUCUACAACAGCUUCUACAAGCUUCGAGAUCGAGCCGAGCGGAUUGCAUCGAGGGCCAUUGACAAUGCUGCUGACCUUCUCGUAUUUGGGAAGGAGCUGAGUGCUUUGGGGUCUGACACAACCCCACUCCCGUCCUGGGCCGCUCUGAACAGCAGCACGUGGGGGUCCCUUAAACAGGCACUGAAAGGCCUGUCUGUUGAAUUUGCACUGCUUGCCGACAAGGCUGCCCAGCAGGGCAAACAGGAGGAGAAUGAUGUGGUGGAGAAACUAAACCUCUUCUUGGAUCUGCUCCAGUCCUAUAAAGACCUUUGUGAGCGGCAUGAGAAGGGCGUGCUACAUAAGCACCAGCGUGCCCUACACAAGUACAGCCUGAUGAAGAGGCAGAUGAUGAGCGCUGCUGUGCAGAGCCGGGAGCCUGACUCUGUGGAGCAGCUGGAGUCCCGCAUUGUGGAGCAGGAGAAUGCCAUCCAGACCAUGGAGCUCCGGAGCUACUUCUCCCUGUACUGUCUGCACCAGGAGAUGCAGCUGGUCCACGUCUACUUGCCUCUCACGUCCCACAUUCUCGGUGCCUUUGUCAACUCUCAGAUCCAAGGGCACAAGGAGAUGAGCAAAGUGUGGAACGACCUGAAACCCAAGCUAAACUGCCUCUUCGCUGGACCCAACAGCUCCCUAACCCUGCCGAGGUCCCCGCAGGACGGUGUGUCUCCUCACUAGUGCCAGAGGCCUGGGGCGGGAGCUCCCAGCAGCCUCACUAAAACCUCUUUCCAAAUGGCGUGUCCCUGUUUAAUUCCCUUCAGAUAGCAGCUGACACCCAGGCUGAGCGGGGCCAGGGUCUGGGUGCUCCCUUAUGACCCCAGGCCUGAGUGUCCUCGGAAGCUGGAGGCCACAGGCACCUGCUCUGCUGCCUUUGACCUCACCCACCCGCCACACUGUGCCUGUUGGUCUGGCAGAGAGAAGUUGAGGGUCCCUGGAAUGGUUUUCUCCCUUCCAGAGGUUGGGGCGGCAGGAAGGUUUUCACACAGCAGGUGCUGGGGGCCACGUGUAGGGGGUACCUGGGAACUUAGAGAGGUCGGGGGUGGGGGUGGGGUCUGGAUCAGCUGAGCCCGCAGAGGGCAAGACUGUCCUUGGGUCAGACAGGAGGUGGCUGUACCUGAUAGAAUUGCAGGCCAGCUGGCAGCUCUGGGUGGGUGCAGGUGCAGCAGGGGGAGUGUGCAUGAGGUGGGGACUCAGGGGUCGCUAGGCACACAGACGGUGUUGAUGUCCAGGGGACGAGCCCCAGGGAGCACUGUGGGGGCCCUGGCCUGGCCUCUAGGGUGAAGUGUCUGGUGUCCCUCCCUGUGUGUCCACUCCUGCUCUGACCCCAUCUGUGCCCCGUGGUCUGCAGCGUAGGACAUAAGGUGAAGUGGUGCUUCUGUUUGUCCGAGGUCAGGAACAGUGGUGUCCUCUCAGCUGCUUGGCCGCCAUCUUCAGAGACCACGCCUGGAGGCGGGCAGGGUGGAGGAGGGCAGGGGUGUGGGGGGUGGGGUCCAGCUGGGCUCUGUGGGAUGGGUAGUUGGAGUUGCCGUGGCUGAUCUGCUUUACGAUGACCUGUUAAGGUCCUUACAUCCCUCCUCGUAGCCUGCCUUCUGCACCCGCAGGCCCCAAGGGCAUCUGUUCUAGAUGCUCUGGGGUCCCUGCAGGCCUAGGGCCUGGGUGCUUUCUGCCCUGAAUCCCUACUACUGUGUGAACAUGAGCAGGGUGGGUGCUUUGUCCCAGGCCUGGAGUGGUGCUGGAGGAUGCUCUGCACUACAGGAUUCCUGAGAUUCAUGCCUUCUGGGGAUGUGUGCAGACUCCUGGGGUUCUCCCUGGGUGCCAUGUUGGGGGGACUUGGACCAGCAUAUCUGCACAUAGCACAGGGACCGAGGGUAACUCCCACAGACGAUGGGCUUCCUCCAGGAGCCAGUGCACACCGGAGUCUGGGGAGUGUCCUUUCGGGCCAGCCAGCCAAUCGUGUCAGGCUGGGAUUCGGGCCCACCCCAUGUGUGGGUUCUGUCUAUGCUGGCAAAGCAGCCAUGGGGGUGCAGGGAGAAGGCCUGCUGUGCACCAUGCAGCCUGAGGCCCAUGACUGCGGCUUGUGCCUUCCUGGGCUGACGAGAAGGUGCAGCGCGCCUGCAGAGCCCAGCAAGCUGGGGCCAUUUUGGUCACUGACCUGUUUUUGGGCUGUGCUUGCCUCCUGACCCCCUGAUGGAGAAGCGGGUUCUUGGGCACUGUGAGUGGGUCUCUGCUGCCCCACAGGGCUGCUUCCAUGGCACUGUGUACACUUGAGCUGUAAAGCGUGACCUCCAAGCCUCCUGUUAUGUCCCCUUGUCAGCUGCUGCUCACCUGCCUGCAGUCUGCCUGUGGCCGUCGAGGUACAGGCGACCCCAGGACAGUGGAGAGCUGGGGAGACAUUGGGGCACGCACAUUGGGCAGCAGCACCAAGGUGAGAGGGCUGGUGCUGGGAGGGUCUCCAAGGGCAGAGGAGACCCUGUCAGCAGAGACUUUGUGUGCUUUCUGAAGAGGACUUUCUGACGGCCCCACGUUCCUGUGCGGAAAGCCAGGACCUGCUCUCGCCUGGAGCUCUUGCCAUGUUCCCGAGGCUUACCUGGAGGAGCACGUUCUGGUCCAUCCCUCCCUCCUCUAGGCUCUGCGGGGAGGUCAGCAGACAGGGAGAGACUUGCUGGGGGUGGAGAACCAUAAGUUCUCAGCUGGAGACGAGGCCACCUUUGGUUCCACACAAAGCCUCCAUCUAGCCCCUGCACCUGGGCUGCCACCAGAUCCCUAGGCUCCGGGAUCUUUUGCUCAGUGGUGUCCAGGGAGGCCCAGGCUGCCCGCAGCUGCAGGUCAGGGAGCGGAAGGGCCUCACCUUGUCUGCCACCGCCUGCCUGGUCCUCACACCAUGGGGACAGAGCCCUGCUCCCCAACUGCGGGAAGGCUAGAGUGGAACCGGACCCAGGUUCACCCACAGUCACCUGCACACACAGCAGAAGUCACCUGUGGUGUGGACCCAGGCGCGGGGGUCAGCAUACUGAAGUCAGGCUGUCUGCCCUCGAGGCCCUUCCCCUCUUCCCGACGCAGUUUCACGUGUGGAGCACUUUAUAAGGUUGUGGGGGUCAGUUACUACUACACCAGGAAACUGGAAUCGUUCACAAAUGGCCUACAUUUCAAAAUAUUUUUUAUCAGUAAACAUGAACAACGAUUAAACCUGUUUAUGAAAAUUGA